AUGCGACACCACGGUAAGGAGUGGAGGUUGAGGUACGAAUGGCAGCCGGUGCACCGAGCUGAACGACACGUAGUCGCGAACCGUUGGCUCUGGUUGCGUACUCGAAAGAUUGCGUUUCUCGUGCUACUACUUCCACUACUUGUAAUGCUUUACUCUGUUUCGCCCAAGGCGCCGCUUCAAAGACACAGCGCUUCCACACUGACGAGCUACACGAGAACACACCGUGCUGACGAGGUUUGGCCAACACCCGCGCCAGGCGAGGAUUCCACCGGGGAGGGUAUCACGCUCAUCACCAGCGUGCCUGCGAGCGGUGCUUGGCGCCAUGCCGGGCGGUUGAGCGACGUAUUUCAAGAAGCAAUCUCAAGCUGGCUGCGCUUCGCUUCUCGCAUCGUCUUGAUCGCUGAUCGCGCCGACUUCUGUCACGACUUAGCGACCAGCCUCCCGAAGCAUGUUCUUUGUGUGACGCAUCGUUGCUCGGGCGCCCGUGGUAUCCCCAUCGUUCCUUGUCUCGUAGCUACCGGUCUUGCAAACACGAACACUGAGGUUAUCAUGUACACAAACUUCGAUAUUGCGUUUUCGGGGUUGGUAAGGGAAUUAAUUCAAGCGGCGAGGCAGCAGAUGGGUUCCUUUGCUGUAUUCGGCCGUCGAUACGACCGGAACUUGUCUCCAGGAGCGUCCGAUAACGAGGAGCUGCACGCUGCUUGGGGUCUCGAUUACUUCAUCUGCAGGAAGCAGGACUUUCCUGUACAAAGUAUGCCACCAUUUGUUAUUGGCAAUUGGCGCUGGGACAACUGGCUGGCUGACUAUUUUAUUCGGCAUCCGCAGAUUGCCGACAUCGACGCGACUGCCGUGAUUCGGGCUUUGCAUCUGAGCGGCGCGCCGCACGUGCCUGCUGCAGAACGGGAUGGUGCGGUCUACAACGAAGGUUUAGUACCGCGCGUGGACUCUGGGGAUUUUCGUGACCUAGGGCGCAGCGACAAUUCCAACUGGAUUGCCUAUGCGUAUCCGACUGCGUUUGUUUUUUGUCAUCGACGCCCUGAUCCUGUUACACUAGCACAAUUCUGUCGGGUGACUCGACGCGAUCGCGACUGUGAGUCAAGACAGUAUCUUGGUGACCUUCGAGUGACCGCCUGA